GGAACGUCAUGGGCAGCAGCAAGCGUCGUCGCCAGCAGCGCGUCCAGGCCGUGGGCGCGCAGGUGGAGGAGAGCAUCCGGCAGGACGCGGAGGACAAGAAGCUCAAGCAUGUGGAGCCCGAGCAGCUCUUCCAGGUGGACAGCAAGGGCGGGGACGCGCCGCCGCCGCUGACCAAGAAGCAGAAGCUCGAGAAGCUGCAGAAGGACCCGCUGCUGGCCAGCACGCGCAAGUUCGACGCCGCCAAGCUGCACAAGGGCGAGGCGCUGGCCGUCAAGAAGCAGCAGCAGCAACAGACGCCGGCCCAGCCCAAGCCCAAGAAGGACGCCAAGGUCAAGGGCCUCUGGGGCCAGGACGGCGCCGCCAAGGACGACGAGCAGAGCCAGCAGCUGGACGAGUACGUGGCCCCCGUGGUGGCCAAGAAGACCAAGCGCCGCAAACUCGUGGCCUCCACCAAGUACCAGGUCCCCACCGUGGAGGUGGCGGCCGCGGGCCAGUCGUACCACCCGGACUUCGACACGCACCAGGACGUCAUGGCCGAGGCCGUGGCCAAGGAGCUCGAGCGCCGCGAGAAGAAGGCCAAGCUGCAGGAGCCCGUGUCCAACGGCAUGUCGGAGGAGACGCUUCAGUUCAUCAAGCAGGACUCGUCCGACGCGGAGGACGACUCGAGCGACUCGGAGGACGAGGACGGAGUCAAGAGGGUGCGUUCAACUGUCCAUCUAGGGGGUGGACGGUGGCCAGAGCUGCUGGAGCUGACUGGGAUGUGGUUAUGA